AUGGACACUCAUAACAAUGCUGUUCUCAUUGAACAACCAAUGGUCAUUCCAGAACAACAGCAAGAUCAAAUCAGCCAGAGAAAACGCACAAAGCAAAUGUCCACAGAUACGAUCGUUGCUCAACCAGCCGAAAAAAUCAAUGCCGCUGAUGAGUUGGCCAAUUUAUUGGUUGAAGCUGACAACAAAAGAAGGAGUCAAUUGCCUCAUUACCCUGGACUGGAACGAUUUGAAAUGAUCAAGAAACUUGGGGAUGGUGCCUUCUCCAAUGUCUUUGAGGCUCGUGAUUUGAAAACCGGCAAAAAAGUAGCUAUCAAGGUAGCUCAAAAGUCCCAUCCCAAUGACAAGAACACUGGCCAGCGCCAUUUGCAUUCUAGUAUAAUUAAAAAACCUCGAGUGACAGAGCGAGCCAACAUCAUGAAAGAGGUUGAAAUCAUGCGUAAUGUCAGACACCCAAACAUUGUACAGCUGAUCCAUUACAUGGAAACUUACGACAACUACUUUUUGACAUUGGAUCUAUGUCAGGGCGGCGAGCUGUUCCAUCAAAUCGUCAAGCUGACCUAUUUCAGUGAGAAUUUGUCAAGGCAUGUCAUUACGCAAGUUGCUUUGGCCGUUCGUCAUUUGCAUGAAGAAUGCGGCGUAGUUCAUCGUGACAUCAAGCCUGAAAAUAUCUUGUUUGACCCAAUCCCCAUCAUCCCCUCCAAGAAGCGUGUUUAUCGUCCAACCGAUAGCGCUGAUAAAGAGGAUGAGGGCGAGUUUAUGCCUGGCGUUGGCGGUGGUGGCAUUGGCAACAUCAAAUUGGCUGACUUUGGGCUAUCCAAGGUCAUUUGGAAUAACUCUACAUUGACUCCAUGUGGUACCGUUGGCUACACUGCACCAGAAAUCGUCACUGAUCAAAGGUACUCCAAAUCAGUAGACAUGUGGGCUAUUGGCUGUGUUCUCUAUACUAUUCUAUGUGGUUUCCCUCCCUUUUAUGACGAGUCAAUUCCUACACUGACAGAGAAAGUAGCUCGUGGCCAAUAUACGUAUUUAAGCCCUUGGUGGGAUACCAUAUCUGAUUCAGUCAAAGACUUGAUCUCCCAUUUGCUGUGCGUAGAUGUCAGAAAGAGAUAUACCAUUGAUCAAUUCCUCAAUCAUCCCUGGAUCAAAGAAGAGCCAUUUAUCCGUAAUGACUACGUGCCAGUGAUGCCUGCAAAGAAAAACCAACCGUUGCAGGCCAUUGCUGCCACAAAUCGUUAUGAGCAGCAUAAGCAAGAACAGAAAGAACACCAGGAAAUUGAAGCCAUGAUUCAGCAAGCAGCUAAAUCCAAUAUUUUGACGCCACCCGAGAUUGAAGAGGACGAGGAUCUUGUCAUGGACGAUGACAAUAGCUUGAUCCAUACGACACCAGAUGCAGCCACUCUUCGAGGCAUUUUUGAUAUCACGUACGCAGUUCAGCGCAUGGAAGAAGAGCAAUCACUGAACGAUGCACGCAAACAAAAGCAGCAGCAGCCUGCCAAGUCAGUGCAGCAUCCACAACCGCAGCCACAGCACGGCAUGGUACAAGUGCCAUUAGCACAGCAAACUCAUAACUUACCCAUGGCACAACAACUAGCAAAACAUAGUCGGGGAGUGGCAAAUCCAAUCAACUACCGCAAUCAUAAACCAAAGAACCAACAGCCAGUACCAGUCAAUAUGUUUGGUGACCCAACCGGCUUCCGCUUGGACAUGAACAAGGCGACGCUCAUAAAGAAUCGUCAGGCCAUGAACACGAGGGCAUAA